UUUUGAGUUAAUAUAUAAAGUGCUACUACUAAAAUGAUAUUUUUAUGUUAGAUUAAAAAGAUCAUUACCUAAUUAAUUUACUACUAUCACUAAAAGAAAUAAAUGUGGGUAUUUUAAGUCUUUAUAAAUUAAGAGAAAUGGAAUUACUUACACUGUUGUAUGCAAUUGUGACCAUAAUAGUAGUUUUUGUUUGCGUAUUAUAUUUUUCAUUGGAAAGAAAAAUUGUUUACAAGAAUUUGUGGAAUAAGCAUGUUAUAAUUACGGGUGGAUCAAGUGGAAUCGGUAGAGCUGCAUCAAUUGAAGCUGCAAAAUUAGGUGCUAAUGUUACAAUUAUUGGCCGAGAUGUUAAUAAAUUGUCUGAAGUUGUUAAAGAAAUAACUGAUAAACACAUAGUAAGUAAGGAACAGAAAAUUCAGUAUGCUUCAUUGGAUAUAACGUCUGAUUAUAAAACUAUUGAGACUUGUCUAUCAGAACUAGAGUUAAAAGUAGGCCCAAUCUUCAUGUUAGUAAAUUGUGCUGGAAUGUGUUUAUGUGGUCAGUUUGAAGAUAUGAAUGUUGAUGAUAUAAAACACAUGAUUGAUUUAAAUUACUUUGGUACGGCAUAUCCCACAAAAUAUGUUUUACCUGGAAUGAAAAAGCGUAAUGAAGGCUUAAUUGUUUUUGUGUCCACUGAAGCAGCAUUAUUAGGUAUUUAUGGCUACAGUGCUUAUGGAGCAGCAAAAUGGGCGAUCCGUGGUUUGGCAGAAUCUAUUUUUAUGGAGCUUGUCGGCACUAAUGUGAGACUUACAUUGGCUUUCCCCCCUGAUACUGACACUCCAGGAUUCAAAAAUGAAGAACUGACAAAACCAAAGGAAACUAAGCUUAUUUCUGGUUCUGGUGGCUUGCAUUGUCCAGAAGAAGUAGGCAGGAAGAUGAUGUAUGAUGCUUUGAAUGGUAAAUCAUACUCCGUGUUUGGCCUGAGUGGCCAACUCCUGUCAUUGAUGUCGUGUGCGAACAUAGACAGCGUCACUCAGGUGUUGUUACAGAUAGUGUCCAUGGGCCUUCUCCGAGCAGUUGUGGUGAUGACCAUGAUAUCCUUCCACAAGAUAGUAAGAGAUGGACUUAAGGAGAAGAGAAAGAAUAAUCUGAAACAGGAUUAAAUGCAAAACUAUAUUAUCUUGUUCGCUCCAGAGAGAGAGAGAAUAAUACAAUAUCGUCUGUCACACUUUCAUUUCACGUCUUUCAAUUCAAAACUUUAGCCAUGUUUCCAAUUUGUGAAUACGAAGCCACGUCCUACUGACUGGAAGCUAAAGAGAAAACAGUCCCGAUUGUAAUUAGUUAAAACUGUUUCUUCGUGAAAAUUUAUUGAAGUAGGCGUUACUUUGCGGAAAUCCAUAAUUAUUCAAAUGAUUUGAGUUUUCAUUAGUCUUAAUGCCGCCAAUAUUUGUCUUUAAACAAUUCGACACGUAUUUCGCCUCUACACGAGGCAUCCUCAGGACAUGUUGAGUCGCCAAAAUCUGGCACGAGACUGAAACAAAUGAGCCAGAAACCGCUCUGUUAUACCCUCGCCCCAUGAAAUGACGCGCUGUGAUUGGUUGACUGUUGUGACGCCUUACCCCCGGAAGAGAUACGUAACAAUGGUGAAGGGACCAAAUUUGUUUGUUCAUUCAACAAUGUAAACAUGUCAGUUUUGUGUUUUAUUAUUUUUAAUUGCUCUAACAAAUUCAAGCGAAACGCUUUUUCACAUGUAUGUAAAAUAUUUAAAUUAUUAUUGUUUCCGAGUGAGUGACCGGUGUCAAUUAAAUGUUCCGCGAAGUGUGAUUUUUCGGGAUGAUUAUUCUUAAAUGCAUUUGUCGAAUUGUUUAGAGACAAAUAUUGGCGGAAUUAACACUAAAGAAAACUCAAAUCAUUUGAAUGUUUCUUCGUGUGUAAGAGCUAGUUUUUAUUUUCUCAAAAUUGAUUCCUUUAGAAUUGUUUUUCAUGUCAUUUCUAAUAUACUAGAUACUACUACCGCUUCGGAAACAAAUGGCGCACUGAGAGAGUAGAAGCGGCGCAAGAAACUCUCCCAGCAUUUUUUUGCGCUCUAUUUAAGCAAAUAUACAAUAUUGUAUUGUCAUUGCUAUUGCUAUAAAAUAAUCAUAAUCUAGUCUCAGGCUGUCGGCUCACUUACAUAUUCAGCUAUGGAGUAGUACGAUUUACGACAGAGUCGUUUUUUAAUAAAACAUUUAAAUUUAUUUAUAAAUAAUGCCUGAACAGUGGCUGGGACUUAAUUAUAAAAGUGUAUACAUUCACCCUUAAAGCUAUUGUGUAUCUUAUGAAGCCUACUAGAAUUAGUUACAAGGAAUCCCUAAUUCCUAGUGUUAUAAUAAUAAAAAUCAGUAUUAAGAGCAAAAAGGUGACGAUUUUUGUAAACAUAUAUUAAAGUUUCAUAAAUGUAAUGACAAAUUAACAGUCAUAAUAUUUAUAUCUUUAAACUUUUAUUUGAGAGACUGUCUAUAAUCAAGCUGGUAUAUAGCACGAACAGCUCUCUUUUGCAGAGCAAACACUAUAUCAAUGUCAGCAGCAUGACUCCACAGUUAAAUACCGUACGUCCAUGAUGCUGUAAAAAUAACUCAAUUACACUAUUCUAGCGGUCGCAACAUUCGUGUACUCUCUAAUAUUUCUAACAAGAUCUCAUUCAAAUGCACAUCUACAUUUAUAGGUAUCUAUUUAUAUUGUGGCUUUUAGGUAAUCAUAUAUACUUAAGUUGUUAUUCGUGCCUUAAUAUGCACAUAAGUGAUAAGGGGACAAUAGUUAUUAAUAUUACAAAUAUAUUAUGUAUUAAACGGGUGUAGCCAUGAAAUGUUAAUAACCGCGAGUGGCAUAAGAGAUCUCUACAACAAACAAUGACAACCUUUACCUUGAAAAACACUCCGUAAAUCUAUACAUUCAAAGCCCAAUUAAAGGUCUGCAUUAAAAGUUAUUAUUACCUAUAUUGCUGAGACUUAAAAAUAAACACACAUAAGUAAGUUACAUUAGGUUAUAAAUAAUGCAUUUAUUAUAUUUGUAACAAAGUGCAUACUAUGUAUAUAUUAUUAUGUUAUGUGGAUAUUAUAUUUUAAAUAUAAA